CGACACAGCUCAAAUCUACUGGACUUGCAAUUGGCCUAUCACAGCGACCGUGAUGCAAAGGCUGAGAUGGGAACGCUCUCUGUAUCAUGUGGUGGCGUUGGAAGAGCGCAAAAGGUUCGUCAAUGUUAUGUGCACGGCAUCUUGAGAGGUUUUCACCAACAGCACAAGGCGCUGCACGGAAUAUAUAGUGCAACUCUCAGAGCGAAGUCACGACUUCCGGCGUGCAGCAUAUCUCGCAGAUUCCAGUCUACCAUAGGUAUAGAGGAUGAUACACCAGUGUUAUCCAUUAGGAAAAUUCAGACCACUGGGGGGUGGAACAGUGAGAAUGUGAGAAGAGCGAAAUCGCAACAAGCUAGACAGAAUGGCCCAGGCAGCAAAACGCAAGACUUCGAAUUUCCAGACAGCAUUUGUUCAAAGGUCUCUGAUGAGGUCAAACAUGCUUUGAGCAACAACAAGCCAGUUGUGGCUUUGGAGUCAACAAUCUACACGCAUGGCUUCCCAUACCCGGACAACGUGGCUCUUGCAUUGGGUCUUGAAGAGAUCGUUCGCCGCAAUGGCGCUGUACCAGCGACUAUUGGUAUUUUGCACGGGGUGGCCAGGAUUGGGCUCAAUGAAAACGAGAUUACUGAGCUCGCUUCAUCAGCCGGCAAGCCAGAAACGAUGAAGGUUUCCAGACGAGAUCUCCCUUACAUUCUGGGCAUGGGAUUAUCUGGCACCAAGCUCAAUGGAGGAACCACAGUUUCUGGAACAAUGAUUCUAGCCCACCGAGCUGGCAUCAAAGUGUUUGGAACUGGUGGUCUAGGAGGUGUACAUCGUGGAGGUGAAGACAGCAUGGACAUAUCUGCUGAUCUCACUGAGCUUGGCAGAACGCCGAUUGCAGUAGUAAGCAGUGGCUGUAAAAGCUUCCUGGACAUUCCGCGGACACUGGAAUUCCUUGAAACGCAGGGAGCUACCGUUUGUACCUUUGCAGAUGGCAGGACGGGGGAUAUAGAUUUUCCAGCUUUCUACACUCGAGACAGUGGAAUCAAGAGUCAUGGGAUCGUUCAGAACCCAAGAGAGGCAGCUUCAAUGAUCUACGCGCAGGAAACCUUGGGCGAUUAUAGAAGCGGGCAUUCUGGAAUGCAUUCGGGGUUGCUUUUUGCGAACCCUAUUCCGGUAGACUACUCAAUCCCCAAAGCUGAGAUCGACAUUGCAAUCAACCAAGCCGUAAAGGAAGCAGCCGAGCAAGGUUUCCAUGGACAUGCAAACACUCCUUUCAUCCUUGCAAGGAUCAAAGAACUCACCAAAGGUAACAGCUUACCAGCAAACAAAGCUUUGAUAGAAUCCAAUGUUGCUAUGGCAGCGAGAGUUGCCGUUGAACUGGCAGCUUUCAGAAGUUCAGCGCACAAACUACCACGUGCAAGAAAAGAUCUGCAGACUCGUAUCAAGCCUUUUGAAAACUCCGGUGGAGCGUCUCUCCAAAAGUCUAACUCAAACGUUCACCAUUCAGUACAUGUUCUCGGCUCCGUCGCCGUUGACCUAUCCUGUGAUUAUGCCCCACUUGAAGAAGCUGGUGACCAAGUUGCUUCCACUUCCCCUCAACUCUUGACGUCGAAUAUCGCCCAAAUCGUUCCUUCGAUUGGUGGUGUUGGCCACAAUGUCGCAUUAGCUGCACAUCGCGUUGGUGGGAAUGCUUGUGUUCAAUUGCGCAGUUUUGUCGCAGAAGAUCUAGCUGGCAGUACUGUGAUGUCUGCCUUGGCAGCAGAGGGCCUCGACACAUCAUGUAUGGAAAUACUGCCUUCCAAAUUCCGAACGGCACAGUACGUAGCCGUCAACGACGCCAAAAAAGACCUGGUCCUCGCUAUGGCGGACAUGAGCAUUUUUGCAUCCGUCAGUCCCCAAAACUUAAUAAGAAUGAAACCCUCGCCAGAUCUCAAAUGGGUUGUGGUAGACGCAAACUGGCGCAAGGACAAGAUCAGGGGACUAAUCGAUCACGCUUCACGGUCACUGAAUGCAAGGGUCGCAUUUGAGCCAGUAUCUGUCGCAAAGUCAGCUGGUAUUUUCGAACCGCAUCCUUCAGGCACAGCCGAAAAUCUGGGGCCAUUCCCAAACAAUGUCUUGGACCUGGCAACACCCAACCAGCAUGAACUCGCGGCAAUGCAUGCAGCAGCAAAGAAACACGAAUAUUUCGAGUCUCAGGAAUGGUGGCAAGCAAUCGAUGCCCUCGGCAUUCUAAGUUCCGGUGCUCGCGACCGCUUCGUGUCUAUCACCAAUCACAAGCUCACCGAUGAAGGGAUUCCAAUCCAGGCAAUCCAGUUGUUGCCAUUCAUCCCCACGAUCCUCACCAAGCUUGGCGCAGACGGUGUUCUCAUGACUGAACUCCUGAAACCGAACGAUCCACGCCUCACUGAUGCAGCUUCAGCACCCUAUAUUCUGUCUCGUUGCGCAAAUGGCAGCACAGAAAUUGGCGGCGUGUACAUGCGACUGUUCCCAGCUACUGAGGUGGUGGAAGAUGUUGUUAGCGUCAAUGGGGUUGGCGAUACUUUCCUUGGUGUCCUUGUCGCUGGGUUAGCAAAGGGUGUGAAAUUGGAUGAGAGGUUGAUCAACAUUGCGCAGACUGGCGCAGUCAUGACUUUGAGAAGCAAGGAGUCUGUUAGUCCUCAGCUGGGAGAUUUGAAGGAGGCGCUGGAUCUGCUGGCUCAGAACUCAUCAAAUAGCUGAUGUACGGAAAAACAGAGACGGUUACAAUAGAUGAAGAAUUUCAUUCUAAGUAAGCACCACGCGUUGCCUCGCCGUCAUUGUCUUCAGU